UUCCACCAGGGGCCCCGGCCCGGCCGCCGCCUCUGCUCCUCCCUGCAGCCCCCCGGCACCCCAUGCCUCGGGGCGCAGCCCACUCCGGGUUCCGACCCUCCUGCCCUGUCCUUCCCUUCCAGAUGGCCCGAGGCAGCGCCCUCCUGCUCGCCUCCCUCCUCCUCGCCGCGGCCCUUUCUGCCUCUGCGGGGCUCUGGUCGCCGGCCAAGGAAAAACGAGGCUGGACCCUGAACAGCGCGGGCUACCUGCUGGGCCCACAUGCUGUUGGCAACCACAGGUCAUUCAGCGACAAGAAUGGCCUCACCAGCAAGCGGGAGCUGCAGCCCCAAGACGACGUGAAACCAGGAAGCUUUGACAGGUCCAUGCCUGAGAACAAUAUCAUGCGCACAAUCAUUGAGUUUCUGUCUUUCUUGCAUCUCAAAGAGGCUGGGGCCUUCGACCGCCUCCCGGAUCUCCCCGCCGGAGCCUCCUCAGAAGACAUGGAGCGGUCCUGAGAGCCUCCUGGGCGUCUUUGUCUGUGUGUUGCAAUCUAAAGUCAAACCUUAAGAUGAUGGAUAAUCUUAGGCCAAUUUACACAGAGUCGGCUCUUCCUGUUCUCUUUGCCUUGAUGUUGUGUUGUCACAAUUUAAGAAUUUUUUUUUUUUUGGUAAUUAUUUUAUUUUGAGUGACAAAAUAAAGAAUAGCAAUUACUU